ACAAAUAUCCAAUAAAUGAUUAUUAUUAUUAUUAAAUUGCAAUCACAUGACAGAACGCAUCGGUGGAUGUGAUUAAGGUAUUGGUGGCCAAUAAGAGUGAUGCCCAACAGCUGCGAGUCGUGGACCAGGAGUCGGGCCGCAAGUUAGCCGAACAGUAUUCGGUGCCCUUCUAUGAGUGCAGCUGUAAAUCCAAUGUCAAUAUACACGAGAUCUUCAAUGAGAUGACUGAAUUGAUUUACAAACAAUACGAACAAAGAUCCGAGAAAUUUGAUUAUAUCGGCCAACACUUGGAGACCACAAUCAACAGCAAAGCCAUGGAGGCCAACCAAGACAAUUGGAUCUCCAAUCGCUGUAAUAGUUGUCAAACCAAUUGAUAUUUAAAAAGAAUUUUAAAAUAAAUUUUCAAAAUAUUUA